UUGCUCGACUAGCAGAUGCUCUGUAACUGGCGUUGAGUUGCUUCUACACAGUUAUCCUUAUUUAUAAAUAAUCGAUAUCCUUUACUCCUUAUCCUUUACUCAAAUAACUAAAUGUUGACAUCGAUUUGAUUCGGUUUCCUUGAUAAUAACAUGUACUCAGAUAUCUAGAUUGAGUAAACUUCUGCGAGCAUAUAUCCGUCUAUGAUACCCGUAUCAACAAACAAUUAUACCUUAUUCAACACAAAGCGUUAAAGGAUAUAAUAAUAAUAAAUAAAUGUGAAUUGCCAAGUUUAGUCUCAAUCGACCUUUUAACGACAAUGGGCUUUCUAGGCAUACGUCUAUCGCGUCAGCCGAUUCAUGGCAAAGGCAAACUCGUACAUGCUUUGCUUAUUAUCCUCAUCAUUAUGUUAACGUUCUUUGGACUGUUUGCCAAUCGCUUUACGUUGCGGGGCCGACAGCGUUUCGUCUUCUCGAAGAAAAUAUUGGCAUAUGCCAUGAUGGUGACAGCGAUAUUUAUGAGCAUUUACGUAAGACAGAUAUAUAAGGAUUAUAUGAACUCAGAGCUCAAUCUACGGGAUGCUGUCAAGCUAUAUAGCUAUAUGAAUAUCACGGUGGCGACUAUCAACUUUUUCACCCAAAUGAUAAUGAGCAAAACAGCUGGCGAAAUGAUGAGCACAGUUCCCUUGUUUAAGACAUUGAACGAACUGCAUAUCGAGAGUGGAGCAAUAAGGAAGUCCGUAAUGCUGGCAUUAAUUAAAGUACUCGGAUUCCCGCUAGUUUUGGAGUUUGCUUUGGUCAUGCAACAGAGACGAAAUGAACCGGAUGCCUAUUGGACCUGGACGCUGUACAAAUUGUUUCCAAUGAUUAUAUCAAACUUUUUAAACAAUUGCUACUUCGGUGCCAUGAUCAUAGCAAAGAACAUCGCCGAAGCCGUCAAUGAUAGGCUGAAAAUGGUUGUCGACCAGGUGAAUUGUAUGCAACUGCCGAUAAAUAGAGAGCAUUAUUCGAAGUACUACUGUAUACAGAGAUACUGUACCUUAGCGGAUGAGCUUGAUGACCUGGCGAUUAAGUACAAAAUUAUAUGCGUAAAAAGUACAGAGUAUAUGGCUCUCAUGUCGCUCUCAAUAAUCCUAUCGUUAAUUUGUCAUCUGCUGGGCAUUACGGUUGGAGUUUUUAAUCAAUACUAUGGCAUAGCCGAGUCUGUCAUUGGCGGCAAGCAAUUCGAUGGAUUCGGUGCACUCAUCAAUUUAGUUUUUCUUACUAUAUCACUUCUCGAAAUAGCCCUACUGACUUAUGUGAGCAAUGAUAUCCUACUUGUAGUUCGAACCACGGGCACCUCUUUGCAAGAGAUCAAUUUACAAAAUGCCGAUUGGCGAUUUCGACAAAGUGUGCACGCAUUCGCCCUUCAAAUCAACACCAUCAAAUAUAAAAUCAAGCCCAUGGGGUUGUUCGAAAUGGAUAUAUCUCUCAUAUCCAGUGUACUGUCAGCUGUAGCCAGUUUUACGCUUAUACUGGUCCAAUCCGAUCUCUCGCAGCGGUUUAAAUAG